AUGUUGCAGGCUCAUGAAGCCCAGUCAUCAGAACGUCAAGUCACUAACAACGUCCCCCAGGGCAUCCAAGCCGAAAAUCGUGCGGAUGCCGUCCUUGACCAUGCCGCAGACAGCGUCCGUCAUAGCAUGGAGAACGAUAAAAGCUCGGUGGCUCCUGUACCUCAGCUGACUCGCUUGAUUCGUGAUAGUAGAGGCAAGUACAUGUUCAUCGGCGAUUCAGCAAACCUUGCCUUUUUGCAGAAUAUUCGGAGGCUCGUGGAAGCGUCUAUAGGAACAUGCGCUUUCACAGAAGACCCUUUACGGCACAUGAUGGUUGAGGAUAUUCCCCAGUCCCAGGGACAGGGACACUGGCUCGACUCCCAGAGGAACGGAGCUGUCUUGAAGCCGACCUUGGAGGAAGCAAAAGCCCUCAUCCGACAAUACAUGUUUACGACAAAUUGUGUUCUUGAUCUUUUUGACGAGACGGAUCUGCUGGCAUAUCUACCCCAAUGGAUUGACGGCACCUCGAACAACACCGACUCCUACGGAUCCAUAUACUACCUCGUCCUUGCCAUAGGUGCUCAGACUUCACCAGAGGAUCGGGAUGACGUUGCCGAAACGUAUUUCAACUAUGGGCGCUAUUUAACCGCCUUGCUCUACAUGGAAGAGCCAAGUCUCCUCUCAGUGCAGUCUCACGUUCUGAUUGCUAUGUACAUGUUGGGGGCCUCGAGGCGAAACGCCGCUUUCAUGCAGCUCGGCACAGCUGCCAGAGCAGCUCACGCCUUAGGACUCCAUAAAAAAGAAGUUGCCGACCUGUUUGCCGAGUCGGAGCGAAGGACUAGAGAAAGGACUUGGAAAGUUCUUCGUGUCUUGGAUAGCUUUAUGAGUUCUUCUUUGGGAAGACCUUAUUCCACUACAGAGACCAGGGACACCACCAAGAGAGAAAAUUACUCGGCAGCCGCGAAUCUUUGCUCCAUCUUUGAACAUAUCGAAACCGAAGUCUACGCCAAGAGGAUGGUAAGUACGGAAGCUGUCCAAAAGAUCAGCAAAGAGCAUCGGUACUGGACAGCCCUUUUUCAGGAAGGGUUGAAAGAAGACGGCAUCAGCCCAGAAGAGAGGCUUCCUGGAGGACUACCGAAUAUUGGUCUCAUUCAUUUGAAAGAGGCAUACUACUGGUCGAUUAUACUACUCACGAGGCCUUUUCUACUCGAUUUCGUUUCGGUAACCAUCGAAGCCAUGCGGAACGCCAAUGACAAACCAGCGACACACACAACUCGUUCGUCGAAUCAGACAUUGGUUGAUGCCUGUGUCGAUUCCGCUUUACGAUCGAUUAAUCUGCUAAACAUCCUCCACAACUGCAAGAACGUCCCGAAACGACUUCCUUUCGUGGUUAAUUCGGUUUUCGUGGCCGCUAUGAUUACUGGGAUUGCUUUCUUCGGGAACCUGGACCGAUCUUUUCCUUUGAGGAAGGCGCUUGAGGACGCACAAGCAGCUUUGCGAUUGCUCUCACCGCACGAUACACUAGCACAUAGACAUCUUGUCAUUAUUGAAUAUCUUCAAGCAGCAUGCCAAACCUACAUCGAACGGAGAGAUCGUCAGAAGAUGGUCGGUCACAGGAGAGCAAUUGGAAGCAUUUUUGGUGUUCUUCAUGAGCAGCAGAAUAUGCCGUUGCCUUCAAACGUUACCAGACCCGUCAUGCAAACGAUUUCUGCGUCGUCCGAUCCUUUCGUGAAAGAAAUCGAUGGCAACGGCCGGCAGACUCCGCACAGAGAUAAUCCCGAACUCGAACCAUAUGAGGCUACCUUGCAAUCCACGCAACUCCCUGACCAGUCGCCUUGGAUAUCUGAGCAAAACCAAGGUUUCAGCCUGAGUGAAGGUGCAGACGACAUGUCCUUGAGUGGAUUUGAUGCAUUCCACGAUCAGGUGUUGGACUUCUCUCCGCGCACCCUGUGGUUUGACACGUACGAGGAGAAUAAUCCUUUGUGGCAACUCCAAGGUUUCUUGGACUCUUCGAACCCAGCAGACAUGCCUUUGCCCGACCUGUAA